UCCUAGGAGGUCUGGAACGAGCAAGUGGAUUUCUCUUUGGAAGUGACUUGGUUUCAAAAUGCCAAAAGUCAAAAAGGUUCUGAAAUCAAAAAAGGUGGCACCUGCCCCUUACACAACAUCAAAGCCUCCACCAAAAAAGGUAGCCAACCCUCUGUAUGAGAAGCGACCCAAAAAUUUUGGAAUUGGUGCGGACAUUCAGCCCAAGAGGGACUUGAGUCGUUUUGUGAGAUGGCCAAAGUACAUUAGAUUGCAGAGACAGAAGGCCGUGCUGUAUCAGCGCUUAAAGGUUCCACCUGCCAUUAACCAAUUCACCCAAACUCUUGAUAAACAAACAGCUACACAGCUUUUUAAACUCCUUCACAAAAUUCGUCCGGAGACUAAGGAAGAAAAAAAGGCUCGUUUGACUGCAAAGGCAGAAAAAAAAGCUCAAGGGAAAGAGGACACUCCAUCUAAAAAACCUGUGACUGUUAAAUAUGGGAUAAAUCAUGUCACUCAACUGGUUGAACAAAAGAAAGCUCAACUUGUUGUAAUAGCUCAUGAUGUUGAUCCUGUUGAGAUUGUUGUUUGGUUGCCUGCCCUUUGCAGAAAAAUGAAUGUGCCUUAUUGCAUUGUCAAGGGUAAAGCAAGAUUGGGCAAAGUUGUUCAUAAGAAGACUGCAACUGCUCUGUGCAUUACAACAGUAAAGUCUGAAGAUAAGCACACCCUUAAUACCCUUGUUGAGGCUGUAAAGACGAAUUACAAUGAUCGUUAUGAUGAGAUCAGACGUCAUUGGGGCGGUGGAAUUAUGGGAGUUAAAUCUCAGGCUGUCACAGAUCGACUGGAGCGGGAAAAGUUAAAGGAAGUUAAAAUAAUUUAACUUCUUAUAUUCGCUUAAUUUGUGAAAAUAAAUCUGAUGAAAGAAACUGGC